UUUGGUGCAUGUAAACACGCGCAAAGGACUCCGACUUCAGACCGACUUUCAGCGAACUUUACGCGUCUCUGUAUUUUCUCGCUUUCGGACCGGGGUGUUUUGAGGAGGCGGAAGGGUUCGGCUACAUGCUGCCGAGUCUCAUGAUGGGACCGGGCAGCUGUCAUCUGCCGCGAGGAUGAGCCACAGAAGCAGCCCGGCGCGGGCGUACGACUUUCUGCUCAAGUUCCUGCUGGUGGGGGACAGCGACGUCGGGAAGGGCGAGAUCCUGGCGAGCCUGCAGGACGGAGCCACCGAGUCCCCGUACGGAUACAACAUGGGAAUCGACUAUAAGACGACCACCAUCCUUCUGGACGGGAGGAGAGUCAAGCUGCAGCUCUGGGACACGUCUGGUCAGGGACGGUUCUGCACCAUCUUCAGAUCGUACUCCAGAGGAGCGCAGACAGACUCUCUGAGCUCUGAGAGGACGCGUGAAGAAACUCAUCAAACAGCCGCAGACGGCGUUGUUAUGUUCCCAGCGGAGACACAAAGAAAACACUUUUCGCUGAAUGAAGUUGUUGUCAUCGCUCAGUCGGGCUUUUAG